CAGCAUAAGUUCCCUGUUGCCGUGGAGACGGGGAUUGUUUGUGGUUGCCUCCUCCUCCUCCUCCUCCUCUUCUUCGGCGCGGCGCUCUUCGGUUCGAACUUUUCGGCCGGCGGGAAGCCGGUAACGGGGCGCGAGAGGUUCUGCCCCCUCUUGCCCGGUCCCAGCCGCUGCGAGGGAUCCUGACGGCUAGUGGCGGCGGCAUGACGAAUACAAAUAAAGAACCCCGUGGACCCCCAAAUCGAUAUGCACCAUGUGAUUGGUAUUAUCACGUGCCGCUAAAGCGAUCAGAGGAGCUUGUUAAUUCUGAAGUUCCACAACAACCAACAUCCCAGAUCCCAGGUCUUGGUGAUUUUGGAGAUCCUCACGUUGAGAUUACUUUUGGGGGGCGAAGGAAGUGGAUCAAAGACACCGACUCAGAAUAUGUGAAGCUGGCAAAACAAGGAGGCCGACCUGAUUUGCUGAGACAUUUUACACCUACUCCACGAAAAGUGUCCCUGGGGUCCUAUGGUGCACCUGAGUGGUACUCACAUCAUAACAAACCAGCACCGGCUGAUGAGUCUAAACCUCGGGUUUCAACCAUGCCGGACUACAUGAUUCAUGAGGACUUUAAGACUGAUCAACCUCCCAUCUAUGAGCCUAAGAGGGGACCUUUUGAUUUCGAUAUGAAAAGUGUUUGGCAAAGAGAUGCUGAAGACAAAGAGAACAAAGAUAAGAGAGAGGAAAAUGGAGUACAAGGUGAAGGCUCUCCAAGCAGCACAAAAGAAGAGAUAAAACUUCCUGCUAUAACACCAAGAUACCCACACAGAACGCCGCAGCCUGUUGCAGCUAAAGAAUUCCAUGGAGGAAACAGGCUUUACUUCCCUCCAAUGCCUGCUCACAAAAAAAAUGAGCCUGUGAACUUUAGCAAACUGAUCAGCAGUGGUUAUGGAGAUGAGUGGCUUCAGCAGCGCGAUGACUGGGAGAAAAAGGGUUCCCAGCCUAAUGAUUCUCUUCCUCCUCCAAGUGAGUACCAGAAGAAAAUAGAAAAGAGGCAGAAAGCUAGGAAACAUACAUUGUCACACAAAAGAAAACCUAGAUCUCAGUCUGGACUUGAAAUGGGUGCCCAGCCUAAGAAGCCACUCUUCAACCUCAGAAUGUAUGCCACCCAAGACCCUUCUGUAAGUAGAGGGCGAGGGGAGCGGCAGCAGCCAGGGAAAGAAGGCCGGGCGGGCGGGCGGCGGAGACCUUGGGCGCCCUGGUUGCGGCAGGGGCUUGUUGUGCCUCGUCCGGCCGGGCCUCUCCGUCUGCAGCCCGGAGGCGGCAGCGGCUCGAGCCUGGGCUGGGGGGCUGCGUUCCUCUCCUCCUGCUCCCGCCCCAGCCCCGGUCCACUGGGUCCAGAGCGGCCGGAGCUGAAGUGGAGCAGGGAGGACGGGAGCGCGCCCCAAAACGGCUCGCUGCGCGCCUCCCUUCGGUGA